CCUUCCAGCUGACUUUACUUACACAAUAAUUAUUUUACGAGUGUCUUGAAAUAAAAUUACUGACUUCGCUCAUGAAACCUGUAGACUAAGCUGCGUGUGUUGUACUAUACACAUAUUAGAAUAUGUCUAUCGAACAGAUGUUACGAGUAAAUAUGCCAUGCUGAUAAAAACAUAACCUAUCUUCAUAUAAAUAUUGGUACAAAAUCUUAUUUUACCAUAACGUUACGACUAGUGACCUUAACUAAAUAUGAUGAACUACACACGGUCAUUGUUCAAUUGUGUGACUCAAAAAUUUAUACAGCAAAGGAAAAUAAAAAUUUUCAAUAACCAUAGAAAUUAUUCUGGAAGUGCUAUUCUUGGAAUCGAGACAUCUUGCGACGACACCGGUUGCGCCAUCGUAAGCCACGAUGGAAAGUUACUUUCAGAAAGCCUGCACUCACAGAACCUUAUGCAUCUUCGGAAUGGAGGAAUCAUACCUGAUGUUGCUCAAGACUUACAUAAAAAGUAUAUUGAACCAACUGUAAAUGAUACCUUACAGAAAGCGAAAUUGACAAUGCAAGAUAUAUCUGCCAUAGCAGUCACUCUAAGACCAGGUUUAGCAUUAAGUCUUGUAGUUGGUAUGAAAUAUGCUAAGUAUUUAUCAAGACUUCAUAAGAAACCUAUAAUUCCUAUACAUCACAUGGAGGCACAUGCUUUAGCAGCAAGAAUGCAUCACAACAUAUCUUUUCCGUUCCUAGUUUCGUUAAUAUCAGGGGGACACUGCUUGCUGGCUGUUGCUCAAGAUGUGAAUCAUUUUCAGUUACUUGGACAAAGUAUGGAUAUAGCACCCGGUGAGGUUUUUGACAAAGUUGCUAGGAGAAUGAAGUUGCGAAACAUAGCAGAAUAUUCUAAAAUAUGCGGAGGCCAAGCUAUAGAAUUAGCAGCAUCAAAGGCUACUAAUCCUCAUGUAUUUAAACUCCCACUGGCACGAGCCGAAUACAGAGAUUGUAAUUUUAAUUUCAAUGGUUUAAAGACCUCUGUCAUCUAUCAGCUUCACAGGAAAGAACAGGAUCAUAACAUUGUAGCUGACAAAUUGAUUCUGGAAGUGAAUGAUUUGUGUGCUGCACUUUUGAUGGCUGUUUCAAGGCACUUGGUGCAUAGAACACAGAGAGCCAUGGAAUUUUGUGAGCAAAACAACCUAAUACCCAAAGAUAAUAAACAGCUAGUUGUGUCUGGUGGAGUUGCAUGUAAUAACUAUAUAUUCAAUGCAUUAACCUAUUUAUGUGGUGAAUCAGAUUACAAGAUAUACAGACCUUUACCAAAACUUUGUACCGAUAAUGGUGUUAUGAUAGCAUGGAAUGGCUUAGAAAAGUGGAGGAGAAGUAUAGAUAUAACUACAGAUAUAAGCAAAUUAGAUAUUCAAGCUGCUAGUCCUUUAGGAGAAAGUUUAAUCAAUGAAGUUGUUAAUGCAAAAAUACCUACAAAACUAAUGAAAAUAAAAAUUUGAAUACCACCUA